AGGUCGUCGAGGAGGGCUAAGAAAUCAAAAACGUCGAAAAAGAAGGACGACGUCGUUGAUACUCCGGACUCUAACAACACUACUGACCACCAGGAUUAUUGCGAGGUGUGUCAGCAAGGUGGUGAGAUAAUCCUGUGCGAUACGUGUCCCAGGGCUUAUCAUCUGGUCUGCUUCGACCCGGAACUUGAACAGCCACCGGAGGGCAAGUGGAGUUGCCCUCAUUGCGAGGAAAACGGACCAGACAGGGAGAAGUUGGAGCAGCAGCAGCAGCAGCAGCAAAAGGAGCAGAAGCAGGAAGACCCACACAUGGAGUUUUGCCACGUCUGUAAAGAUGGCGGCGAUCUACUAUGCUGCGACAGUUGUCCGUCUGCGUACCACACCUUUUGCCUCACGCCCCCCGUCACUGAUGUCCCAACCGGGGUUUGGCACUGCCCCAGGUGUUCGUGUGAGCCCAUCCAAGGAAGAGUGCAGAAAAUAUUGACCUGGAGGUGGAAAGAACCGCCAAAGGUCAUGGACGAGUUAGAUCACGUGACUCCUCAUACAACCAAUAAGAAGAAGGAUCACAGAGAAAGGGAAUUUUUUGUGAAAUGGCAUGACCUUUCCUAUUGGCACUGUAAGUGGAUAUCCGAGAUCCAGCUGGAUGUCCACCACCCGGCCAUGUACCGCAACUACAUCCGUAAAACCGACAUGGACGAACCACCCCCUCUUGAAGAUGGUAGCUCCUACGGUAGGGACGACAACAAGGAGGCCAGCCAGGAAGACCCCCACAACCUCGAGGAAAGGUUCUACAGGUACGGCGUCAGACCUGAGUGGCUACAGAUUCAUAGGAUUCUUAAUCAUCGCCAGUACAAAGAUGAGAAAGUUUUCUACCUGGUGAAGUGGAGGGAUCUACCAUAUGACCAGGCCAUCUGGGAAGCCGAGGAUUCCAAUAUUCCUGAUUUCCAGAAAUACAUCGACGACUAUUUUGAUCUUAGGACGAUUAUGCUGGGUCUUGAUGAUAGUCGCAAAUCGAAGAGAGGAAGAAAGCCGAAAAAGAAUAAAAGAAGAAAGAACGACGGAGAUGAUGAUGAUUAUGAGGAUAAGGAGGAUGAGGACAACGAAGAUGAAUCGUCAGCCACGGCAAACGCCACGUCCAUAAACGCUGCAGCUAACGUGUCAGCUACAACGACGACAGCGUCAAUGAAUAAGAGCAUUAAGAAGCAGCAACAACGAAGGCAGAUGCCCCCUGUACAUCCUUCAACUGAUUUGACGAGGCAGGUUCAAGAGCAGCCAGAUUACAUAAGUUCAACAGGUGGUACGUUGCAUCCAUACCAGUUGGAAGGUCUUAAUUGGUUGAGAUAUUCCUGGAGCAAGGGUACCGAUACGAUAUUGGCAGAUGAGAUGGGACUUGGGAAGACCAUACAGACCAUUUGUUUCCUCUACUCCCUGUACAAAGAGGGCCACUGCAAGGGCCCAUUCCUAGUGAGUGCCCCACUGUCCACCAUCAUCAACUGGGAGCGUGAGUUUGAGUUCUGGGCCCCGGAUUUUUACGUCAUCACUUACGUUGGGGACAAAGAUAGUAGAGCUGUUAUCAGGGAGCACGAGUUUUCGUUUGAGGAGGGUGCCAUCAGAGGGGGCAACAAAGCGUUUCGGAUGCGUCGAGAUGUCCCCGUCAAGUUCCACGUCCUCCUAACUUCCUACGAACUCAUCACCAUCGACCAGGCCACUCUCGGCUCACUCGAUUGGAAGGUUCUCGUGGUCGAUGAAGCUCAUAGGCUCAAGAACAACCAAUCAAAAUUUUUCCGACUGCUGAGCCAGUACAGAAUAGAUUACAAGUUGUUGCUGACGGGCACACCACUGCAGAACAACCUGGAAGAACUCUUCCACCUUCUCAACUUUCUCUCUCCAGACAGAUUCAGCAAUCUGCAAGGGUUUCUUGAAGAAUUCGCUGACAUUUCGAAAGAGGAGCAGAUAAAACGUUUGCACGAAUUGCUGGGCAACCACUUGCUGAGGAGACUGAAAGGAGAUGUGCUCAAAAAUAUGCCCUCUAAAAGCGAAUUUAUCGUCAGGGUUGAGCUGAGCCCUAUGCAGAAGAAGUACUACAAGUACAUACUAACCCGCAAUUUUGAGGCCCUCAACGCCAAGGGCAGCUCCAGUCAGGUCUCCCUCCUCAACAUUAUGAUGGACCUUAAGAAAUGCUGCAACCAUCCUUACCUAUUUCCAACUGCUGCCCAGGAGGCUCCGAGAUUACCUAACGGGAUGUUUGAAGGGUCGGCCCUGAUCAAGGCGUGCGGGAAGUUGGACCUACUCUCACAGAUGCUCAGGAAACUUCAUAGAGAUGGCCACAGAGUGCUUAUCUUCUCACAGAUGACAAAAGUUCUGGACAUCUUGGAAGACUUCCUGGAGAAUGAAGGCUACAAAUUUGAGAGGAUUGAUGGUGGCAUUACAGGAACGCAACGACAAGAUGCGAUCGAUCGAUUCAAUGCUCCACAAUCGCCUGCAUUCUGUUUCCUCCUCUCCACAAGAGCCGGUGGUCUGGGUAUCAAUCUGGCCACUGCUGAUACUGUCAUCAUCUAUGACUCCGACUGGAACCCUCAUAACGAUAUUCAGGCGUUCAGUAGAGCACACAGGAUUGGCCAGGCAAACAGGGUCCUCAUCUACAGGUUUGUGACGAGGAACUCCGUGGAAGAGAGAAUCACGCAGGUUGCCAAGAGGAAGAUGAUGCUAACUCAUUUGGUCGUCAGACCUGGAUUAGGCAACAAAGGCGCCAUGAUGUCCAAGCAGGAACUGGACGACAUCUUGAAAUUCGGCACAGAAGAACUUUUCAAAGAGGAGGACGCCAACAACAACAUGACGAGUGGCGGCAACGACGAUGACGAAAACAACUUAGGUGGCGAUGGUGGCGGCAGCAGGAUCGUCUACAACGACCAGGCCAUUGAGAAGCUUCUAGAUCGAAGUCAGGAGGCCCAAGAAGAAAAAGAGAUCGCCAUGAAUGAGUACCUCAGUUCCUUCAAAGUUGCUACUUACACCGUGGCCGAAGGGGAAGAGGAGGAAGGAGAGAUGGAAGUGUUGAGGCAGGAAGCCGAGCACGCUGACCCGGCCUAUUGGGAGAAACUUUUGCGACAUCAUUACGAGCAACAGCAAGAGGACCUUACUAGGUCACUUGGUAAAGGCAAGCGAAUCAGAAAGCAGGUCAACUACAAUGAUGCUGCCAUGGGAACCAAUGAGGAAGCUUGGAAUAAUGACCUAUCUGAUAUUGAUACGGAUGUUUCUGCUCAAAUGGGUCUGGAAGAGGAUGAUGAUGAUUUUGAGGAAGGGAAGAAGGAAGGAAAGAAGAAGAGAUACGCGGGAGGUGAUAGGGAUCGAACCCUUCCCCCCCUACUUGCCAGGGUCAAUGGACAAAUUGAGGUGCUGGGGUUCAACACGCGGCAGAGAAAAGCCUUCUUGAACCUGAUAAUGAGGUAUGGCAUGCCACCGCACGACCCCAACAACACACCGUGGCUGACCAGAGACUUGAAGGGCAAGUCAGUGCGAGAGUUCAAGGCCUACGUAUCCCUCUUCAUGCGACAUCUGUGUGAGCCAGGGGCAGAGAACGCAGAAACGUUCGCAGAUGGCGUGCCCAGGGAAGGCCUCUCAAGACAGCACGUCCUCACUAGGAUUGGUGUCAUGUCACUUGUUAGGAAGAAGGUGCAAGAGUUUGAGCACAUCAACAAUCCUCACCAGUGGAUGAGUUCAUUUUGCAACGAAGGGUUGGACAAGUUGAAGUCCGAGAGCAAUAGAAGUUCUGCUGUACCAUCUCCAGCUCCGAGUAACAAGGAAGAUAGAUCGAAAAAUAAAUCUGAAAAUGGAAAUGCAUCGACGACGUCCGCCACCGCCGCCACCAACAGCAGCAGUAGCAGCAGCGGCAACGAGGACAGCAAGCAGCAAUCUGAUCUCACUGCAGCUGCCGAAAAUCAGUCAACCAGUCAGUCAGUGCCCAUUUCAUUAUUUUCAUUCUCGUUUUUCACCACUACUGUCGUCAACUACAUUGACCAGAAAUCAGAGGAGGCCAAACACGACUCGUCAAUCGCAGCAACCGAACCACAAGAUUCUAAAGUUGAUGUGAGCAAGAAGACUAAUGAUAGCGACAAUAACAACAACAGCAGCAGCAAACAUCGCGAGAUAACGAUGGAAAUGAUGCGGGCAUCAAUGCUAACUCGCAAGCUCAUGUUCAACAUUGCAGAUGGCGGAUUCACCGAACUUCAUUCCUUGUGGCAAACGGAGCAGGCACAGAUCAGUCAUGGUAACGACCUUGAGAUAUGGCACAGGAAGCAUGAUUACUGGCUGCUAUCGGGAAUCGUGAAGCACGGAUACGGCAGGUGGCAGGACAUCCAGAAUGACAUCGCAUACUUCAUCGUCAGUGAACCGUUCAAGGCUGAUAUGGCUAAAGGUAACUUCUUGGAGAUGAAGAACAAGUUUCUAGCUCGUAGAUUCAAGCUGUUGGAGCAGGCGCUGGUCAUUGAAGAGCAACUGAGGAGAGCUGCCUACCUCAACAUCACGCAGGAUGCUAACUAUCCCGCUAUGACACUCAAUGCUAGAUUCGCCGAGUUGGAAUGCCUGGCCGAAAGUCAUCAGCACCUGAACAAAGAAAGCAUGGCCGGCAACAAACCUGCGAAUGCUGUCCUCCAUAAAGUUUUGAACCAGCUAGAAGAGCUACUGAGUGACAUGAAGCAGGACGUCACGCGACUGCCGAACACCCUCUCACGCAUUCCACCUGUCACGCAACGUCUCCAGAUGUCCGAAAGGAACAUCCUCAACCGCCUCAUCAACCCCAACAACCACCACCACCAGCAGCAGCAGCUACAAAUCCAGCUUCAGCAGCAAGGAAAAACCGGGCCAAACAAUAACAGCGGUAGCAGUGGUGGUGGUAAUAAUGGUAGCGGGAGUGGCGCUCAAGUUAGGUCGAGUGUAGUCGCUGCAUCCAAUUGAAGAUGGCCACGAUGAUGAUGAUGAAGAUGAUGUGGUGAUG